GUAAUUGAAGUAUGCUGCAUACUAUACUAUCAUCAUGCUAUCAUCCACCCACUUUGUGGGAGGGCUAUAGCUGGCUGUACACAGUGCAGAUCUAGGCUGGAGGCUACUAUAAGCUGGCAAGGAAGAAUAAAAUGAAAAAGCUCUCAUCCUGGUGUACCUAUUUUUGUUUCAUUUUUGAAAGAGUGCUAUUGGUGGUUAUAGUCCUCAUUAUACUGGCUAUACUGAUUGUACCUACUGCUCUUGAAGGAACAACUAAGCAUAGUGAUAUUACUUUCACUGACAUCACAAAUACAGUCAAUUUUACUGUAGCUGGAGCUAAUGAGUCCUUCAACUGCAGUGAAGAUUUCUAUUUCAGUACAGAGCACGGGUAUUGUCGUCCAAUCUGUAGCCAAUGGAGUUGGAACAUGAGCAGAAAUGCUGCAUUACUUCUAUCAGGGCUCUCAUCUGGAUUUGCUCUUAUUAUCUGUACAAUGACUUUCAUUGUCGCUGGAUUCCGUUAUAAAAUAAUAUUCCAGUUUCCAACGGUAUUUGUGAUUUAUGUCACUGUUGCAUACUUCGUUAUAGCUGUAAUGGUAUUCAUUUCUUCACUUGCUAAUGUACUACACUGCAAUUCCAAUGAUGACUUGUUCUUUUCUGUUGACAAUCCGUCAAUUUUCUGUACAAUUUCAGGUGUCACAUAUCAGUACAUGACUGUAUCAGCCUCUUUUUGGUGGUUUUCCUGGGCUGCUGCUACUCUCUUUAAGCUGCUACAUCCACUGUAUUCAAGAUCACUGCUGAUAACAGGAAAGUGUGGCUACAUCCAUAUCAUACUAGUACUAUUAGGAUUAUUGUUUCCUGUUAUUGGUAUUGUGAUAACUAUAUUUGCCAACUCACCUUCCUAUGUUAUUGCUAACUAUCCAGGGACUGUCUGCUUUGCAAGAGAAACUGAUAUCAUGUUAUAUACUACCAUAUUUCCUCCAAUAGUGCUGACCAGCAUGUACAGUUUAAUAGUGAUUUCAGUUAUAAGGAUUAUACACAAACAUAACUCUGGACUAUUUCAAGCUGAAAAAGAAGUCCAUGGACAUCAGGUUAAAAGUACUUUUCACUUUACAACAGCUGAAAGGAAACUUCUCUUUAUUCUGUUGCUAAACAUUUUUCGCAGCCUCAUUAAGUUUAUUGGUUUGGGAGUUUUUUUCAUACGACAGGACAAUAUAAUAAAUUCUAUUUUUGAAUAUUUUGAAUGUGAAGCUAGAGGUAGCGAAGGAAAUUGUGCCUUUAUUACUAAAUUAGUGGGUUUACCAAAUUUCAUUACCAUUUUAGACAGUAUUAUCCCAUUGGGUCCAUUGUUCUAUGUCAUUAACUGGAGUACAGUGAAGAGAAUAGUUUGCAAGAGAAAUGGGUUAUCAAACAGCAAAACACUACAAACCAAUAACAAUGAACUAUUAUAGUAGAAUGAUAAGCAUUUCAUUAAAUUGUUCACAGCAUUCAAUUAGAGUCUGACGUAGAGAUUCCAUGUACUAGUAUGAAUUUUUGUCUAAAUUGAAA